AUGCCCCACGCCUGGCAGCAAAGGUCACGCUUCCCGGAGCAACUAUACCCUGGCCACCCUCACAAUUUCACCCCAUUGCGACCUGUGCGCACGGGCUUCUCGGCCUUGGAUCGCGCAGUGCGGGACGUGGCUUGGGAGUCUCGGUUUGACUUGAUGGAAAGGCGGAUAGAGCCCAGAUAUGCUGGUGCCGAAUGCAUUGGAACUCCGCGACGAGAACUCCAGGAUGGACUCGUACGCGGCAUUCGGGUGCGGCCAGUCCAAAAUCCCUUCGUAAGGAUGAGGCCUGCCAUCAAGUAUCGCCUGAAUACUUGGCAGUCUCGCAACUGGAAGCAGUGGUCGCCCAAUCUUUGCAAUGUGCGCGGAAGCCGCCGAAGGUACCGGGUUCCUCAGGACAUUGCUCCCUACAAGGAUGAGCUGGGCGAAUGGCAUCCGCCUCGCGUGUCUGGGAGGUACAAGGCUGAUAUUGAGAAGCAGUACUACAUGAACAGCCUGCCUUGGGUGUGGGCAAACGACUACUACCAGGGGAAGUUACACUACAUGGACCGAGAGCCGCAUGGCCUGAAGCGCUGGUACCGCAAGGAGUAUCGCAAGGCACAAGUUGCAGAGGCACUGAAACGUGCAGACGAGAUGAUCGAAGAAUACCGCAAAGAACGCCGACAGGGCAAGCGCUUGUCCUGGGUGGAAAGCAUUGUGAAGGAGUUUGCUGGCGACCAGUUGGCGGCUCCGUACGUUCGCACACAAAAGAAGCCAAAGAUGUGA